AUGCAAAUACAAGAUGUUGAAGGACGAUUACUCUCACCUAGCUUCAGUUGUUACUCUAAUUCUGAUAGUUUAACAUCCAAGGCCAUCUCCAAAGUGAUUCAUGAAGAACACAAAUUAUCUCGAUUUGACGAAUUUAGAGACGUUCAAGGAGAGGAUGACUUCGAGUUUUCGUCGGGGCUACGGGAAGAAGAAGAGGCUUCUUCGGAGAAAGCGAUCGACAUAAAGGAGGCUUGGAAGACUUUUCCUGUCUUUGAUCAUGAUCUUACCGUAGAUCGUGAGAUAGAUGAUGGUUCUGCUGCUUCUAUAACAAAUUCGUUACAAAAACUUUUUAUAGAUGUUGAUCAUGAAGAAGAAGAAUCGUCUUCUCGUUCAUCAUCAGAAGCCGACGAAUUAGAAAAUAUACAACCCGGGACAUUCUGUCUCUGGAGUCCCAAGGCCGAGAGUGGAUCUUCGUCACCGGGUAUGACCAAAUGUAAGAAGAGUAGUUCCACGGGAUCAAGUGGAUCGAAAAAGUGGAAAAUUAUGUAUUCGUUCAAGAGGAGCAAUAGUGAAGGCAAUAAGGACCCCAUGGUGUCGAUCGAUCAUACAACUAGUCCGAAACGAAAACGGAUUAUUUCUGGCAAGUUAAAGACGCAAACUCCGGUUCACGAAUUGUUUUAUGUGCAAAGAAGGGCAGAGAACGAAAUGAGUAAAAAGAAAUCGUAUCUACCAUAUCGAAAAGAUAUGUUUGGUUUGUUUGCAAAUGUCAAUAUUGGAACGGCCAAAAUGCAUGCUUCCCUACUAAGAUAA